UUUUGAGACGAGGCUUGACCCUUAUCAUGCUUUAUCCAUACCGCUCCGGCUCGGUUCCUACCGGGAAAGAAGAGAAUGGCGGGUCUCUGACCGGAAUUGAUAGGGGAUGCUGGCUUUCCCCCUCUCCUGGUCGCGAAAGAUAAGGUGUCGAGCAAAAUGCCGAUGUAGCCCUUGGUGCUCUGGGUAUUCGCGCUGCAAUGCUCUGAAAUGCUCUAUAUAAGCGCUGCGUCCGUAUCACGAGUCCACCUCUCUUCAAUCUCUCCUCGUCGUAAACGAAAAGAAAAUGGCCCCAGCUCCCAUCAACGUCGGCGUCGUGCACGCUUCGCCUGUGUUCAUGAACAAGGAGAAGACGGUGGACAAGUGCGUGGCUUACAUCAAAGAGGCAGGACAGAAGGGCCUCGAUCUCCUCGUCUUUCCCGAAACUUUCUUGCCAUGCUAUCCUUUCUUUGCCAUGGUUUACCCGCCCGUCACCUACACAAAGGUGAUGCCGGACUACAUCGAGCAGUCGGUCCGCAUGGAUGGUCCCGAGGUGGCCACCAUCAGCGCAGCAUGCCGCGAAGCGCGUGUCGCCGUCGUUCUGGGCGUGUCGGAGCGCGCCCCCGAUGGCACCAAUACCAUCUUCAAUUCGCAAUUCUUCUUUGACAAGGACGGCACCUUCCUCGGAUCGCACCGCAAGCUCCAGCCCACCUUUAUGGAGCGCUCCGUCUGGGGACAGGGCAGUGGACACACCCUGCGCACGUUUGCUGUCCAGGACGGCUACUGCCUCGGUGGUCUCAUCUGCUGGGAGCACACGAUGAACCUGGCUCGGCACUCGUUGGCGCAGCAGGGUAUCCAAGUCCAUGCCGCCGCCUGGCCAUCCUAUUCGACGCUGGAGGGAUUUCCUGAGGGAGCACCCGAUGCGCAGAUCGAGUGCCUCAUGAAGUCGCACGCCAUGUCGGCGCAGACUUUUGUACUUGCUGCCUCUUGCCCUGUCGACGAGACCUGCCUCGAGUGGAUGAAGGAGAAGCUGGGACCGCAGCAUCUCAUCGGCCUCGGCGGAGGCUGGUCGGGCAUUGUCAGUCCAUGGGCCACACACAUCAGCGGGCCCGUGCUGGGCUACGGCGAUCGACUCUUGACCGCUCGUCUCGACUUUGAGAGUGUCUUGCCCCUGGCUUCUUGGGUCGACUCGGCGGGUCACUAUGGCCGACCAGAGGUACUCAAGCUCACCGUCGACGACAGCCCCACGUGGUGCUACGACACGGCGAGCAUCCACAAGGAUCACCCCAAAGCGGCCUACGGUGCCCCAAGGCGGACGGCUAGCCAAAUCUCGCCUCCCGUAAAGCAAACACCCGAACCUCUUCUCGUCGCCGGUGGGCCUGCCAAGCGAAUCACAAAUGGAGACACGGACGCGCACGCGCACAACAAGGUGCCCAUCAAGCAGCUUGCAUCGAUCGGCGCCACCGCUUAGCCUAGCCGAUAAUAUGCUGCAAUGUCACAUUCGCGAGAGUAGA